CCGGAAGCGAAUCCCGUGGCGCGGGCACUCAGGAGAGUUAAGUCUCGGUUUUUCUGGAAACUGCUAUGCGGUCUUCGGGCACCGUUCCACCACACCCGGGUUUCCGGGGUCUCCCGAAUAAUCCUACCUGAGAAAGAAGCUCAGAGGAAGAGGAAAGAAAGAAGGAAUGGCCCUUUCCCAGGGACUGUUGACAUUCAAGGAUGUGGCCAUCACGUUCUCUCAGGAGGAGUGGGAAUGCCUGGACCCUGCUCAGAGGGCCUUGUACAGGGACGUGAUGUUGGAGACCUACAGGAACCUGCUCUCCCUGGGUGAGGAUAAUUUCCCUCUGAAACUGAAUAUUACCUCCAUUUUAGAACAAGGGAAAGAGCCCUGGACUUUGCAGGGUAAAGUGAAAAUAGGGAAAAAUCCAGGCAAGUGGGAAUAUAUCGAGAUGUGA